AUGAAAAGGGACAAAACAAGUGCGCCGCAGAAAAAGAAUUGGGACUAUGUUAUCCGCAGUGGAUUGGCAGGUGGCAUUGCUGGAUGCGCUGUACGUGGGAUGAGUACUGACAAGCAGGCCAAAACAGCGAUCGCGCCACUGGAUCGCGUCAAGAUCCUGUUCCAAGCCAGCAACCCUGAAUACCAAAAGUAUAGCGGUCGGUGGCUUGGCUUUCUGCAGGCUGGCCGCCAUAUUGUGCAGCAGCAGGGGAUUAUGGGCCUCUUUCAGGGGCACAGCGCAACGCUCCUUCGUAUCUUUCCCUAUGCGACGGCCAAGUACAUGGCAUACGACUUUUUGCACAUGACUUUGAUGCCGACGCCCAAAGACGAGACGAGCGUGCGGCUUUUCCUUGCGGGCUCCAUGUCUGGCGUCCUGAGUGUCUUUCUCACGUACCCAUUGGAUCUUGUGCGAGUCCGCUUGGCCUUUGAUACCAAGAGCAAGCCCCAGCCAGGCAGCUUGUACCACAUUGUGCGCAAAAUAUACCACGAGGGUAUCAAGGUAUCGACCGACGGUACGCCGCCUCGAGACCUCUUGCUCAACCGCUUCCCUCUGCUCAAAUUUUACCGAGGCUUUGUCGCUACUCUGAUGGGCAUGGUUCCGUAUGCAGGCACGUCCUUCCUCGUGUUUGGGCGCACCAAAUCGUUCAUGUACCGACUUCUGCUUAACCAGGAUGCGCACGGACACCCGCUAUCGUCGGAGCCACCGCCUGUGCCUGUUAGCCGAACGACGGUGGACCUGGCAUCCGGCGCACUGGCUGGUGCCAUUUCGCAGACCGCAUCAUAUCCCUUUGAGGUCGUUCGCCGCCGAUUGCAGGUCGGCGGCAUCCUGCAUCCUGAGCGCCUGAUGCGCUUCAGCGAGACAGCCGCAUGGAUCUACAAAACCAACGGCCUUUCCGGCUUCUACAUUGGCUUGGGUAUCGGGUACUUGAAAGUCGUUCCCAUGACCGCGAUCAGCUUUGCGGUGUGGUCGGGCAUGAAGCGCUAUUUGGGCGUCUAA